UCUGGAUCAUUCGCUCCGGGUGUUUCGUUGUUCGUCGCCGCACUUUGGACGCGUUCCUGGCGCUUGUCGCGUUUGUUGUGGCGCUUUACCGUGUGUAACUUAAGAGUGGAGAGUGGUGACACUUAAGGAGGAGAAGGAGUUUGUUUUGACGGGAUUGCCCUCGCCGUGUUCGUCAAUUAAUGAUCGAGCAGAAGAUUUGGCGGCCCGUUUGAACUGCAGUGCAAAGUGUGCGUACGGACGCGUUCCGUCCAAGGAACGCCAAAUCUUGAUCCCUGAACUCGUCACUAUUGGCCACCGUUGCCGUUGGUUGUUGCCGCUCUCUAGUUGAAGAGUUACCAAACGACGGCUCUCUAGUCAGCGUGGCAGAAGUGAGCCAAGCAAAUAGUGAGGCGAAUUUGAAAAACAAACUGCAAAUAUCCGCUUCGGAUUGGAAAAGUGUGCACGCGCCAUCGUCAGUGUCGGUGGAAAACUACCGGAAAAUUCCAAAAUUAUACUCCGCGGUCUUCCGGGGGUGCAGAGUCUGGGUUGUGCGUCAGCUGAAUUAUUCAAAACUAUUCAACGGAAACAGUGCUGGAAACAAGUGCAAUGUGAAGUUGAAUCAAGUGCAGUUCAAGUGAAGAAACAGGUGCAGCUCGUUAAAGGGCUUGGCCCUGUCUUGGGCAGGUUGGUCACUGGUUCAUUACACUGUGUGACAAAAAAAGUGUGAUUUUAUGUUAUUGUGCUAGUACCAAAUCUGUAGCUAUUUCCUCUGUUUGAAAAUAGAAAUAUUUUAAAAAAUAACGUAGCUGAACAAAUAUUUUUGCGUGACCCAGUGUAGAACACAGUCACAAGAAGAAGGAGUCGUCCCUCGAUUAUACGGGGGGCUUUGUGAGUCAAGGUCGGCGGAAGAAACUUCCAAGUUCCAAGCAACUAUAAUACCAACACAAAUACAACGCGCAGACCGCUCUAGACAUUAGCCGUAGUUCGAAGACGACACAGAAGUGGUGAAACAAAACAUGUGGCAGCAAAAGGAAUAAAAAAGGGAAAGCCGAUGAAAAUAAAAGGAAAACCAGUGCCAGCAGAACCACCCACAGCAAGAUCAGCUGAACCCUAACCAUUAAAACAUUCUCCAAGUGCAAGUGUAAUAUUCGGUGUACUAAAGUGUGUUUGUGAGUGUUUGCAAGGCAUGAUUAUGCCACAUUCCCCGUAAGUGUGUGCAGUGCAUUUAUUCGUAAAACCAGUAGUGUUGUAAUACAAGUGUAAGAAAAGAAGAAAAACUUCCGAAAAAAGUAACAACGAUGCCGGAGCAACGGUUCAAGGUGACCAAAUCGGACGCCGAUCUGGGAUCGCGGGACGAGGAGGCCGCGGUCACCGGAAAGCUGCUGUCCUCUGCCCACGAGAAAGGCGAACCCACCGAUGAUCAGCCUUUCGUGUCUAAAAAUGAAAAGAUGGAAACAAACCUGUACCUUUACUCGGAGGAAAUCCAAGAACGUCCACAAAUCACCACGCUCAUUUCGUCCCUGGCAAACUACUCGAAUACAAUCCCCGCCCCGACGGAUCCGGACGCGAAACCAGCACCCGCCUCGGCCCGAAUGGGCACACUCAUCGGUGUCUAUCUGCCGUGUAUGCAGAACAUUUUCGGUGUCAUUUUAUUCAUUCGUUUAACCUGGGUAGUCGGAACGGCCGGAGCUAUUUAUGGGUUUUUAAUCGUAUUAUGUUGUUGUUGCGUGACUAUGUUAACUGCCAUUUCGAUGUCUGCGAUUGCCACGAACGGGGUGGUACCUGCGGGCGGGAGCUACUUCAUGAUAUCAAGAUCUCUCGGGCCCGAGUUUGGUGGCGCUGUCGGGAUGUUGUUCUACACCGGGACAACGUUAGCAGCCGCCAUGUACAUAGUCGGUGCGGUCGAAAUCGUACUGACGUACAUGGCACCGUGGCUGUCAAUAUUCGGCGACUUCACCAAGGACCAAUCGGCGAUGUACAACAACUUUCGCGUGUACGGCACGGGUCUGCUUUGUGUAAUGGGUCUGAUCGUCUAUCUGGGUGUCAAAUUCGUCAACAAGUUCGCAACCGUGGCGCUGGCCUGUGUCAUCUUCUCCAUCAUCGCGGUCUACGCCGGUAUCUUCAACAACAUCGACGGCAACGAUAAGCUGUUCAUGUGCGUUCUGGGAAAGCGUCUGCUGAAGGACAUUGCCGUUGACAACUGCACCAAGGAAGCCGGCGGACCGCUGUACAACAUCUUCUGCGAAGAUGGCGGAGAAUGUGACCCGUACUUCAAAGAACACAACGUUUCGCUCAUACGAGGCAUCAAGGGACUUCGAAGUGGAGUCUUUUUCGACAACAUUUUCCCAUCGUUUUUACAAGAAGGACAAUUCAUCUCGUACGGAAUGGAUCCGGAUGAUAUCGAACCCCUGGACAGGCCCUCGUACAACCAAGUGUUUGCCGAUUGUACCACCGCGUUUACGAUAUUGAUCGGUAUCUUCUUCCCAUCGGUGACAGGUAUCAUGGCUGGCUCGAACCGUUCCGGAGAUUUGGCGGACGCACAAAAGAGUAUCCCGAUCGGUACGAUCGGCGCCAUCCUGACGACCUCGACCGUGUACCUGUCUUGCGUGAUGCUCUUCGCCGGUACUGUGGACAAUUUGCUGCUGCGUGACAAAUUCGGACAAUCGAUAGGUGGUAAACUAGUCGUGGCGAACAUGGCCUGGCCGAACCAGUGGGUCAUCCUGAUUGGUUCGUUCCUGUCAACCCUCGGUGCCGGUCUGCAGAGCUUAACAGGCGCGCCCCGGCUGCUGCAGGCCAUCGCCAAGGACGGCAUCAUCCCGUUCCUGGAGCCGUUCGCCGUGUCAUCGAAGCGUGGCGAACCGACCCGGGCCCUGCUCCUGACGCUGCUAAUCUGCCAGAGUGGCAUCCUGCUCGGAAACGUCGACCUGCUCGCCCCGCUGCUGUCCAUGUUCUUCCUGAUGUGCUACGGCUUCGUGAAUCUGGCCUGCGCCGUCCAGACGCUGCUGCGGACCCCCAACUGGCGGCCACGCUUCAAGUACUACCACUGGUCUCUGUCGCUGAUUGGGCUGACACUGUGCAUGUCGAUUAUGUUCAUGACGUCGUGGUACUUUGCGCUGAUCGCCAUGGGAUUGGCCGUGCUCGUCUACAAGUACAUUGAGUACAGAGGCGCCGAAAAGGAAUGGGGUGACGGAAUCCGCGGUAUCGCCCUGUCCGCCGCCCGCUACUCGCUGCUCCGGCUCGAGGAAGGCCCACCGCACACCAAGAACUGGCGCCCCCAGAUCCUGAUGCUGGCCAAGCUGAACGACGACCUGACGCCCAAGUACCGCAAGCUGUUCUCGUUCGUGUCGCAGCUCAAGGCCGGCAAGGGUCUGGUCGUGGUCGUGGCGCUCGUCAAGGGUGACUUUACGAAGCUGUCGAGCGAGGCGCUGGCCGCCAAGCAGAGCGUCCGGAAAACGAUGGAGGACGAGAAGGUGAAGGGCUUCUGCGACGCGAUGGUCGCGAGCAACAUCGCCGACGGGCUGUCGCAUGUCGUCCAAACGAUCGGCCUGGGAGGCAUGAAGCCGAACACGGUGAUCCUGGGCUGGCCGUACGGAUGGCGCAAGAACGAGGACGAUGCCCGAACCUGGCAGGUGUUCCUGCAGACGGUGCGUAACGUCAGCGCGGCCAAGAUGGCGCUGCUCGUGCCCAAGGGCAUCAACUUCUUCCCCACGUCAUCGGAUAAGAUCUCCGGCAACAUCGACAUCUGGUGGAUCGUGCACGACGGUGGCCUGCUGAUGCUGUUGCCGUUCCUGCUGAAGCAGCACCGCUCCUGGAAGAACUGCAAGAUGCGCAUCUUCACCGUCGCCCAGAUGGAGGACAACUCGAUCCAGAUCAAGAAGGACCUCAAGAUGUUCCUGUACCAUCUGCGUAUCGAGGCCGAGGUGGAGGUCGUGGAAAUGAUGGAUAGCGAUAUCUCGGCGUACACGUACGAGCGCACCCUGAUGAUGGAACAGCGCAACCAGAUGCUCCGAAAGUUGCGGCUCAACAAGCGCGAAAAGGAGAAUGUCGUGGAUAAUAUGGUGGAGUUCAACGCAGCAAACGGAGAGGAUCGAACACCCCUGGUUCAAGCCAUCGUGGACCACCACCACCACAUCGAGAACAACACCAAGACGGCGUCCAAGGUACGGUUCGCGGAUCCCUCGGAGAACAAGGACAUCUUCAACGAUGACGACCGCGAGGAAAAGAAUGAGACUGAAUCCGAAAAGGACAAGGACACCAAGGAAAGCGAACAGGACAAGGACGGCGGGGCGGCGAACAACAAUGAAAAUUCCGAACAGCUUCCGCCGCCGCCCCAGCCGACGGCCAACAAUGUGGCCUCGCCCGGCAAGAAGGGCUCCUCUGGCGGGGACGAAACGCCCAAAUCGCCCAAGAAGCCUGAUCAAGCCAACGUGAGACGAAUGCACACGGCCGUGAAGCUCAACGAGGUCAUAGUCAACAAGUCGCACGACGCGCAGCUCGUCAUCCUGAACCUGCCCGGCCCACCGAAGGAGACGAACGUGGAGCGCGAGAGCAACUAUAUGGAAUUCCUGGAGGUCCUAACCGAGGGUCUGGAGCGAGUACUGAUGGUGCGGGGCGGCGGCCGAGAAGUCAUCACCAUCUACUCUUAAGGCCCUGCCGUCGUCGUUGCCAUCGUCGUCCUCGGCACACAUCCAUCCCUCCUCGUCAACGUCGUCGUCGUCGUCGUACUAUUACUACUAACUACUACUGUUACAAAAACAAAACAAAAACUUACACACAGAGACACAGUCACAGAAUUACACGAAAUUACACGCGUGGCGAUCGCCACGUGGCGUGCCGCCACGCGUGGUCCAAAUACGCUUCAAUCGUCGUCGAACACACACUCACUCACACAUGGAUUCUGUCAACACACACACACACACAUUUUUCUACACUCGAAAAAACCUACAAAACAAAGAAAAGCAAAGCAACAGUUAAGAAGUUAAUAGCAAAAAAGAGAGAAGGACCGAGGGGAGUAACAAAAAGAAAUUGCUAGUAAUUAUAGUCAAACUGUGAAGUCUACUAGUUCUAGGUAAUAAUAUCGAAGAGAGUAAAACAAACAAAAAACAUUAAUUAAAAUUAAAACAAACUGAGAGAGUAUGAAGCAAAAGCAAACUUUCACUUGUGUACGUACGUAUCGCGAUAGAGGUUUAGUCGAAGCAAAAAAAAACAGAAGGAGAAAAUUAUAGGACAGAUAAUAACAAAAUGGUUGAUAAAAAGUAAACCAAAACAAAAAAACAACACUUUAUUCAGAAAGUUAGUACGAAUCAAAUUGAUAUACAUAUAAACUUAACGCGUAAGAAACUUUAAAAACAGAAAACAGAAGAAAAACUUAAGGCGAACGAGUUUAAACAAACCAGAAGGAGAAAAAAACAAACAAUGUGUUCCGCUUUUUAUUAUUUAAAUUAUUUAGUCCAAUUGUAUGACUUGAGAGAAGAGGUUUAAAAAAAUGCCCGCGUGAUUCGAACAAUUACCAUACAUUUACACAUUUUAACACACACACAAACGUGACUCGGACGCCGUUUCUUUCAGUAUCUUUUCUAAGCAUAUUUCAAUCGGGUGAGAUUACUUGUUACAAUUAGCACAUUGUAUCGAAAAGUUGAUUUUAGUUCUUGAUUUGACGAGUUUUAAGGUUGAACAACCAUGCGUCUCCACUUCGAUGGAGACGCACCGUCCUUCAAGAAAUAAAAUCAACUUUCUGCUACAAUUUUCCUUUAUCAAUGAUGCCUUUCUUAGCAGCAAAUCUUAGUGAAAUUUAGUAUUAUGCUUUCGCGACACGUAUUUAGCCAAGCGUGCGUUGUUAUUCUCUAUCAAACAUUGCUAGCGACUUCUCUGAAAGAGAUUGGUUUUCUGAAAGAAAACAAACGGAACAAGUAUUAGGUAAACGCCAAUUUAUCGUUUUUCCUUUCCCCCUCCCUAAAUGCAAAUUUUAGUCAAUGUUACACAAAGCGAACUGUUUGUUACGAACCAGAUUAACUAACUGAGAGAGAUAGGAAAUCGAAAAAAAAUAGAACAAAGUUUUGUUUUGUUUUCCCAUGCGAGCUACACCGAAAGAAAAUCUAGCAGCAGAAAAGCAAGCUUUUCAUCAUCAAUUUCAAUGUGAUCGUACUAGUUUCGUAUGUUGAAAAAUUGUGCAAGCAAAAGAAAAAUAUGCGAGAAUGAAAAACACACACAUUACACUUUGUUCUGAACUGUA